AUGGAGAACAGCCCGACAAAGCGACCAGCAUCCCAGCUAAUUGCUGGGUUUGCGUCGCCUUCCGCACCGGCCAGCUCGCGCAGUGUUAUGCAGCAGUCUGUGCUAUCCGUACGGCCUCAGCAGCAAACUCACGAUGCCGAGAAAGAUGAAUUGCGCGUCCAAGUCAGUACGCUUACGUACGAACUCGCAAACCUCAAGCAGGAGCGAGAGAUGGAAGCGAUCCGGUUCGAGAAAGAGACUAGAAGCCUCCAAUUAAAGGCUGAUGCGGACUUUCGGAAAGCGCAGGCAGCCGAGUCCGCAAGCCUCCGGGCCACUACGAAGACUGAAGCUUUGGCGAAGGAGUUGAAAGAGACCCAGGAGCAAUCACUCGGCGACAAAACGGGAUUGGAGCGCAAGAUACGAGAUUUGCAAGAUGAAAGGCAGAACAUUCAAGAAGAGUUAAAUGACACUCAAGCUCAAUUAUCGGACAAAGAGCGUCACUUCAAGUACCAGAUUAACGAACUCGAAACGGUCCGCGCCUCCCUUCAAAAAACGAUCGAAGAGCUCCAGCAUGAUUUGCAAGAGGCGCGCAACUCCCAGCAAGCCACUCAGGAAAAGCUGGCUCAACGUGAGGCCGAAGUGGCGGAUCUCGAAUCCCAAAAUAUACAAUUGAAGGCCGACGGCAGCGAUGCAGAGGCAUUGACAGUUCUGAAGCGGGAGCUGUCGGAACAGGUCAACCACAUCCGGGAGCUAGAAACAGCAAACCGAGAGCAGACGAUAGAAUUGCGCCAUCUACGAAAAGUGCAGAAGAAUGUGGAAGUGGUUGAGGAGCAGAAGCGGUCGCUCGAGAAUCAGCUGCAGCUGAUGAGCGGGCUGGAGGCGGAACUUGGUACCGUUCAAAUUCAGAAACAGGUUCUGGAGGACGAACGACAGUCGUGGGCCAGUCUCUUGCAAGAAAACGAUCAACCCAUGGAAUUUGAUUCCCCCGAGGCAGUGGUCAGGGCUCUUGUCCAAGAGCGGAUUGAGAAGGCCACCUUAGUCGACCGACUCGGAACAGUUGAUGCGCAAUUCUUGGAGAAGGACGAAACAAUCAACAGCCUUGAGAAAGAGAAGGUCCAACUUCGCCAAGAGCUAGAGAAGCUCCGCGUUGCGGGAAGCAUUUCUACGGGUGCUUUAGCACCAGCUGCUGCAGAGGCUCGCGUUCGCUCGAGGUUGGAGAGACAGCGUGCUCUCGCUGUGAAGGAAGUCGAAUACCUCCGGGCACAGCUCAAGACCUUCGAUACCGAAGAGGAGACGAUGAACACAGAGCAGACCUACGAUGAACAAAAGUCGGCACAAAUCGCACAGCUGGAACAGCUGGUUGACGAGUACCGCAACGAUCUUCAAAAGGCGCAUGAAGAACUUUCCAAGCGUGAGGUGCCUCCGCAACAGGAGGAUGCUCAAGCUCGGGGUACAAAGCGCCCCCUGUCGCCCGCAGAUAGUGACGCUGAGAGUGAGCGCCUUGCAGUCUUGACCCGCAAGAACCGCAAGCUUCAAGAGUCACUUUCAAAGUCACAACAGGCCACAACCCUGGCUGAACGAGAGCUCAAGGCUGCGAAAUCUCAGAUCAAGUCUUUGAAAUCUAAAUCCCACACGCGGAUUCUGGAACUAAGAGAGAAUCCAACGGCGGAAGCCGAGAAGAUCAAACUGACCACCUUGAACACGCUCCGCUCCGAGAAUCAGGCUCUCUUGGCCCAGCUUCGCGGAGAGCACUCCGGCGUCAAAGUGGUGCCCGUCAGUUCACUCGACAACCUCAACCUCGAAAUGCAGGAAAUGGAGCGGGUCGUGGCAGACAAGGAGAAGCGCAUGCGCCGGUUCAAGGAAAUCUUUACAGCCAAGUCUUCCGAGUUCCGGGAAGCUGUCGCCUCCCUGCUAGGCUACAAGCUUGACUUCCUCCCUAACGGCCGUGUACGCGUCACCUCAAUGUUCCAUUUAUCAGCCGCAUACCGCCAUGGCGACAGCUCCGCGCCCUCCGAUGCUCGUGGGCCUGGCAGCAUGGGCGACGGAGAGGAGAACUCGAUUGUCUUCGAUGGCGAGAAUGGCACGAUGAAGAUUUCUGGUGGACCGAAUAGUCUUUUCGCACUGGAGAUCAAGCCUCUCAUCAAGUUUUGGGUUGAAGAGAGGAAAGACAUCCCGUGCUUUUUGGCGGCGAUGACACUCGACUUCUAUGAUAAAACGACCAGGGCUGCAAGAAUAUAG